AUGGUUACAUGUAUUAUUAAAUCUUCAUCUCUCUCCACCAACAACGGUGGCAGAGUUGAAGCCACAUGGUGCAUGACGAAAAGCGACGCCAGCGACCAGGCUCUGCAGACGGCACUGGACUAUGCGUGCGGCGCCAGAGCAGACUGCGCACCGAUUCAGUCGUCAAGGCUGUGUUACCUUCCAAACACGCUUCAGUCCCACGUUUCCUAUGCUUUUAACAGCUACUACCAGCGCAGGGGCAAUGCCCCUGGCAGCUGCGACUUCUCCAACACCGCCACCGUCACCAGAACUGACCCCAGUUAUGGAUUUGUGAAGUUCAAUGCCUAUGCAGCAGCUAGAACUUUAUAUCCACCUCCAGCAAAAGCGCAGUGCAGAUCUGUUCAUGCGCGUUCACUUUGCCAAGGAAAAUACAAGCAGGUUACUCCUACCACAAGUCAAAGUGUAGGACAGCGGCAACAUGGGGUGAUUACCAGAUCAACUCUGCUAAGACCUGGGGUCCGCUGGCAUGUGAGUUGGCACGACAUGCUGUAG